GUGGUGAUGUCAUUGCCAGGCGACUGAACCGGAAGAGACGUGGCAAAACAUACGGAAUUUUAAAGUAAUGAUCUAUGAGUAACGAAAUAUUGAGAAAAACGUCCGUUCUGGCUUGAUGUUAAGAUUUGCCUCAUGUGUGCUCGUUUAGUAUUUGUAACGACAUUGUCAGCUUGACAGGCGGAUAAUGGGUUUGUGCAAGUGUCCCAAAAGGAAGGUAACGAACCUGUUUUGCUUUAAACAUCGAGUCAACGUGUGUGAGCAUUGCCUUGUGUCCAAUCAUAAUAAGUGUAUUGUCCAGUCAUACCUACAGUGGCUACAGGACAGUGAUUACAACCCUAACUGCAGUCUGUGCAGCCAACCCUUAGAUUCUCAGGAUACUGUCCGACUGGUUUGUUAUGAUUUGUUCCACUGGUCAUGUCUAAAUGAACUUGCAUCCCAUCAGCCCCUUUACACUGCACCUGCUGGGUACCAGUGCCCAACGUGCCAGGGUCCUGUGUUUCCACCCCCAAAUCUGGCCAAUCCUGUAGCAGACACUCUAAGAGAACAGCUGUCCUCUGUCAACUGGGCUAGAGCAGGACUAGGCCUUCCACUGAUUGAGGACACACUGGAGAGGGAGGAAUCCACAGCGCAUGAUGUAACAUGUUACUCUGAUUGGUCCGGUUUUGAGACCCAUGCAGUGGAAAUGGCAAUCUCAGACCCGAACUCCACCAGCCUACUACACCAACAGGACACGGAGCACAUCCACAAUAUUCACAACAAUGGAAAACUGACUGUUCAAAAUGACUCUGCCAUUAACAUGAGCACCACGUCUACUCCAGACACAGUUACCAUUAACACAGCUACUUCCCCAAGAAGGGUAUAUGACACGCGGGAUUCAGGCAACGCUUCAGUGAUGCAGAUUGACUUUGAUGAUGAUAAGUACCGCAGACGUCCUGCCCUUAGUUGGUUUGCACAGGUCCUUAAAAAUCGUACAGGCCCUAAGAAAAAGGCUCUCACAUUAAAACAGCGUAUAUUCAUGUUUUUGUUAGUUGGAGUGAUUGGAUUCUUUACCCUCAUAAUCAUAAUGGCUAAACUGGGUCGGGCCUCUGCUGAGUCAGACCCAAACCUUGAUCCCAUGUUGAAUCCCAACAUCCGGGUAGGCAACAUGUGAUGAAACACUUCCCUAUUUAGACCUAAUUGAAAAUUCAGCCCUGAAUUUGGCUUUAUUGGAAAAAAACUGGUGGUGCCAGCAAAAGGUUGUGGCACAGGAAGCUGGGACCAGCAUGAAGAUGCCUCUGUUUGGACUGUGAAUGAAAAUGUCUGACAACCUAGGGCAAGAAGGAAAGUGUACAAAUGCUGCACAACAAAUCUCACAUUGCUCUGUGAGAUGAUAAAGGCAUUGUAAGACUUUUGGUGUGUUUCAUUUAGUUCUAAAACUCACCCUUUUAAAUUUGUGUACACUUUUGGUCUAAAGAUUUGCAGUGAGUGAGUAUGUUUUUGCUAUCUGUCCUUAUAAAAUGCAUUGGAAUUCCUUGUGAUCAUGCAUAGAGAUUAUCAGCAUAACAAAUGAUUUUCCAUGUGAGGUUGUGGUUAUUUGGUUACUUUAGUUGAUUGCAGUGCUUUUUACAAUCAGGGUUAAUCAAAAUAUAUAAAACUGGUUUACCAAAGCAUUUAAUUUUUUGUUUUGUUUCUGUUAAAGUCAUCUGAUCUCCAACAAACUAUAAAUCAAUAAAAACUUUAAUAUUUGAAAUGCUGAUGCUAACUGUACACUGGUGAAGAGUUAUACACAUAAAUACAUUUUUGCAGUGUGACACUAUUGAUGACUUCUGCAUUAUUACUGUAAUGAAAAAUCAUUACUGUCAAAAAGUAUUAAAAUCAAGUUGAAUAAUCCCAA